AACAUGGAGUAGCUGUCGUGGAUCGGCGGCGGCGGCCGCGGUGCUCGUCCGCGCCGUACAUUCUCGUCCGUGUACAGAUUGAUGUACUGGACGGGCGGCAGCGGCAGGGAGCUAACCUGUAUCGCCUCGGGGGCCGCCAUACCUCGACGAUGCCGACAACGGACGGCAGCGGACAACGAAGCGAAACGACGCUCAGCUCAUCGACGGCGAGAUAUAGGGAGGCCCUCCUGUGAUGGCAGGGAAAGAUGGGAAGCUAGAGUCAAAAGGUGGAGACGUCGUCCGGCAGGGAUUCAUGAUAAAACGUUCCCAGAACAAGAAGCGCUUCACCCCGGUCAAUUACAAGCAACGAUGGUUCGUCCUGACAAAACAUUAUCUUAUCUACUACGACGGAGAUGGUGAGCGCCGCAAGGAACGCGGUCGGAUCGCCGUGGAGAGCGUCCACGUGGUGGAGACGGCCAGCCUCGGGAAUGGUAGCACCGGUGGAGGCGGUGCCGUCGGCGAUGUGGCGGGCGGCGGCGAUGCCGCCGGCGGAGGCGGUGGAAUACCGUCCGGACUGCCUUUCCAGGUGGGAUACCGGGAAGCCGGCCAAGAAUAUACGCUCUAUCUCCUCACCACUCGCGAGCAGGACCGCGCCGAAUGGAUACGUGCCAUACGCGCUGUGUGCAGCGAGAAUUCGGGCUUGAGCGGGCGUUACCACACGGGCCUGUGGAGUGGAAAACGUUGGUCUUGCUGCCGAUUAUCGACACGCUCCGCCGAAGGCUGCGACACUUGCAGCUCCUGGUCCUCGAAGCCAGCUACGAACGCCGCGAAUCCGUCCUCCACGACGCCCACGUCGGCCUCGACAACGUCGACGUCCGGCACCGUUAACAAUACCAUUUCAACGACCACCGUCACGUCCGAUCAUCGCUCACAAUCGACGAACGCCGAGGCGAAUAACAAUCCGAUCGUCCAAUCCCAGACCCGUUCGACAAUCGGAACACCAUCGACCCCGAUAAUGCCAGGCGGCACACCCGGCACACCAUCCUCCAAAGCGAAGGAAAAGAUAAUGCUGCGAGCGAAAGUUGUGGUGGCUCUGUAUCCUUUCCGAGCCAUUGAAGGCGGAGAUUUGUCUCUUGAGAAGGGUGCGGAGUACGAGGUCUUGGACGAUUCCCAAGAGCACUGGUGGAAAGUUAAGGACGAGAAUGGAUCGAUUGGCUAUAUUCCUAGCAACUACGUCAAAGAGAAGGAGCUGUUGGGACUGCAAAAAUACGAAUGGUACGUCGGUGAUAUGUCAAGACAACGCGCCGAGUCGUUGCUGAAGCAAGAAGAUAAGGAGGGCUGUUUUGUCGUUCGUAACUCCUCGACGAAAGGGCUUUACACGCUCUCACUUUAUACGAAAGUGCCACAUCCGCACGUGAAGCAUUACCACAUCAAACAGAAUUCCCGUGGAGAAUUUUACUUAUCGGAGAAACAUUGCUGCGGCUCCAUUCCUGAUCUGGUUAAUUACCAUAGACACAACAGCGGCGGUCUGGCCAGUCGAUUGAAGACCAGCCCCUGCGAUCGUCCUGUACCACCGACCGCUGGCCUCAGUCACGACAAAUGGGAGAUUGACCCAGCGGAAUUACAUUUGCUGGAGGAGCUCGGGUCCGGUCAAUUUGGAGUCGUGCGGAGAGGAAAAUGGCGUGGCUCCAUCGACGUCGCUGUGAAGAUGAUGAAAGAGGGAACCAUGUCCGAAGACGACUUUAUAGAAGAAGCUAAAGUAAUGACAAAACUGCAACAUCAAAACCUAGUCCAGUUAUACGGCGUUUGCAGUAAAGAUAGACCAAUAUACAUUGUCACGGAAUACAUGCGACAUGGAUCUCUCCUCAACUACCUCCGCCGUCACGAAACCUCAUUAGGUGCAAACGUUGGUCUCUUGUUAGACAUGUGUAUACAGGUUUGCAAAGGAAUGGCAUAUUUAGAGAGGCAUAAUUAUAUACACAGAGAUCUUGCAGCACGUAACUGUCUGGUAGGAUCAGAAAAUGUAGUAAAAGUUGCAGAUUUUGGUUUAGCUAGGUACGUACUCGAUGAUCAAUAUACCAGUAGCGGUGGCACUAAAUUUCCUAUUAAAUGGGCGCCACCGGAAGUAUUGAAUUACACGCGCUUCAGUUCGAAAUCAGAUGUAUGGGCAUACGGAGUACUUAUGUGGGAAGUAUUCACGUGCGGAAAGAUGCCUUACGGUCGCCUAAAGAAUACGGAAGUCGUUGAGCGAGUGCAGCGAGGAAUCAUCUUGGAACGACCCAAGGCAUGUUUCAAGGAAGUAUACGAGGUGAUGCGCAAAUGCUGGGCACAUUCUCCAGAAGUACGACCGUCCUUCCGCGUCUUGAAGGAACAGCUGAUUAGCGUUUCUCAAGGAUUGGUCAAUGAUUGACUCAACCUUCUGCGGUGUAUGCGCCUGUCUUCACCAUCUUGCCGGUCGGUCCGAUCGACGGCGAAAUCGUCGCCGUCGUCGGAACGAUCGUCCUCCGCCGGUCUACCUUCGUCGAACUUGCCGUACAAUUCAGCAACGUUGCCGUCGCGCAAGACCCGCGCGCCGGCCUCCCCGCCGCCUUCCACGAUCGAUUUCUCUCGUCGUUUCUCGUCGACCACGUGCAAAUCAAAAAAAGAGGGCUCCUCGUCGCCGAGUACACCCGGGCACAAAGCUAGUCAACAAAAACCAUUCUCGAGCUCGACUAAUAACGUGUGUGACGUUUGCAGUUCCUACGGACACCCGUGGAUCGAAAUAUGCAAGGCGAUACGAGCCACUAAAGGUAAAUGAGUAAGAAGAGUGUGUAUAUGCCUGCGUGUGUACAUGUAAUUGAGUAAUUUACACUACUUUCCGUUGCGACUAUUACACAUUAGAGAGCCGUACCCGUAAAAUAUGGAGAUGUGUGAUUCUAAAUCCCGUAAGCGUUAAUGCUCACCUCUUUCGUCUACCCUCUCCUAUUCCUCCACUGCGUGCAUCUUCGAACGUCUUCGACAGAUGUUCUGUAUGGUUUGUGACUUUAUUCGAUACUGGGAUGCGUGAUACUACGUGUGUGUUUCACAUACUAUUUUUCCCAUAUAAUUUUUAGACUUUACUCUGUAUCGUCAUAAAUACAUUUAUAUAUAGAACAAUAGUAUUUAUUGAUGGCCUUUGCAACAGAUGCAAUAUUCAACUUGUGAUUCCGCUUAGAAUAAAUCAUUUUUUAUUAUCAUUUUGACAAACAGUGACACUUUGACUCGGAGAUAUUGUUUCUGCUUAAUAAAUCGAUUUAAUAAAUAAA